GGGGGAAACCCGGAAAUGCGAACCUUUACGCUGAAAGGGAGAUUUAUUUGCUUCCGUCGUGUGCAUUUCCGGUCUCGGUUUGUUUAGUUUCUGCUUUUCAUUCGGAGACCUUACGAAGCAGUCCGGAGGACAAUUGUAAAAUUGUGUACGCCCCGCAGAGGUGCGACACUCAUGUCGGGCAGGAGCGAGGAGGUGGAGUGGGUCGAGACGACCGAGGAGGUCGUGGUGACAGAGGAGUGCCUCCUGCCGCCUGACAACAACAACACCACCACCACCACAUCAGUGAUUCCCGCAUUAGAGGCCGAGGAAGCACCCGUCCAGAAGUUUCUGGACACUGUGGGGAAGGGAGACAACGCAGAGGCCGAUGAUGGCUUUUAUUGUGAGGCGUGCCUGGCUCUCUUCCAGGACCAGAGCGAUCCUGCAAACCUGGCUGGCCCCUCCUUUAUCCUCGACUUCCCGACGAGCGUGGGCGUCCCCCAGCGGGCCCUCCUCACGCUUCCCUACGGCCUGACGAUAGGCAGAUCCAGUAUUCCCGGGGCGGGCGUCGGGGUCAUAAACCAUGGGCCGAUGGUGUCGCCGGGAAUGCACUUCGGACCGUACGAGGGGGAAGCGACGACGAGCGAAGAUGCCUUGGCGAGUGACUUCUCCUGGGAGAUCUACAAAGGAGAACAUGAGUACGAGUACAUUGACGCUGCCAGAGAGUCACACUCAAACUGGAUGAGAUACGUGAACUGUGCUCGUGAUAAAGAUGAGACAAAUUUGCUAGCAGUUCCAUACAAAGGCAGCCUUCUGUAUCACUGCUGUCGUGCCAUAAACCCCGGGGAUGAGCUCAUGGUCUGGCCCAGCAAAGAGCUCCUCGCCCACUUCAGUGAAGCUUGGUCCCAGACGUGGUUCACGAAGUUGAAUUCAGCAGAGCGUGAAACAACCAUGACCUCUGAGAUCUUCCCUUGCCCCCACUGUCGGCUCUCAUUCACUACAGAGGCCUUUCUCCAGCGUCACACAGAGAACGUCCACACUCAGCCCGCUGGGGACUGUGAAACAUCUGCCGCCGAGGUAGCGAAACCUGAACAUCCGGCUUCCGACACAGACCACGGCCCCUCUGCCGCCUCCCUGGUGGUGCUGUCGGUCGAUCCCGUCGAUUCUAAAACAUGUGGCGACUGCGGGAAGACAUUUAAGCAAAUGCCUCACCUCAGGAGGCACAAACUCUGUGUCCACUCGAACAAACGCCCCUACUGCUGCCCGCAGUGCAGACGGACUUUUAGCCAGGCGUCAGGCUUAAUCAGACACCAGCUCGUUCACAGAAAGCAGGCUGCCCUUGUUGAUCAAGAUAAAAUCCUCAGUGAGAAGGAGGAGAGCUCGACGCAGAGGUCUGAACUUGACGAAACAAAGCAAAUGAAUGCCAGUGAGAAUCCACAGGAAGCAAUGGAUGUCACUGAGACUGAGAAUCCUUCUGCAGGAGAAGCCGAAACGCCCCAGUCCACAUGUUCAGACUGUGGAAAGAGCUUCACGAACGAAGCCUCGCUCAGGAAGCACAAGGCGACGGUCCACGAGAGGUUACGUCCGUACGUCUGCACGGUGUGUCAGAAGUGCUUUGGCCAGUACAACGACCUGACCAGGCACCUGCGGCUUCACCAGAACGAAACCAAAAAGAAAGAAAAAUCAAGUCCGGCUCCAGAGGAACCCAACGCCAUGCCCUUUAGCUGUGCUGAGUGUUCGCUGACUUUUCCCUCGGUGGAUAACCUUCAGCAGCACAGCAGCGAGCACCACUCACAGGACACCACGGAGGAAAAUGAAGAUGGCGAACUGGCACCUGUCGAUGACGAUCACAGUCACGAUGCUGACUUCAAUCCACAACCCUCAGUGGCUGAAUCAAUCCAAAGACUUCCCUCUCAGAGGCCCCAGCGACUCGGAGCUAGAUCUCGGAUUUCUGCCAUAACCAAGCUCAUAGCUCCAAAACGAAGGGGCAAGACGUCCGAAAGGACCCAGAUGGAACCAGCAGCGCCUGCUGUCAGGAGUGCCAAGUUAACAAAGCACAAAUGGUUCAGCUGCAAUAAAUGCAAACGUACAUACGGAAGCCCCAACGAUCUCACAGGCCACAAGUGCGCGUUGAGGCAGCACAAGUGUGCGCAGUGCGGGGCGACCUUCAACAAGUCUGGUUUCCUGAAAAGACACGAGCAGACGGCGCACGCAAACGCAAAGUCGUACAGCUGCGACCUCUGCGACAAAGUCUUUGCCACUUCAGGAAACCUCAAGCAGCACCAGAAGAGCAACACGUGCAUGAAGUAUCACUGUGCGUCGGAGCCGUUCCCCUGCUCCUUCUGCCAGUUCUCCUUCACCAUGAAGAGCUACCUCGUCAAACACGUCAAGAGGCACCACCCGGCCGAGUACACGUCCUGCUGCGAGUCCGACGGCCUCAUGGAUCAGUUGCAGGACGAGCAGGAGGAGGAGAAGGAGUACACGUGCCCCCAUUGUGGGAAGAGCUGGGCGAGCGCCAAGGCAUUCAAAUGCCACAUGUGCUGUCAGCAGGUGAAGGUAUUGUACCUGUGCACCGACUGCGGGAAGGGCUUCACCAACCACUACGGCCUGAAGCAGCAUCAGCGCGUUCACACGGGGGAGAAGCCGUACAGCUGCCCGCACUGCAGCAAGAGCUUUUCGUACACGGGGCAGCUCAACGUGCACCUGAGGACGCACACGGGGGAGAAGCCGUACCUGUGCACCCACUGCGGCGAGAGCUUCCGGCAGUCGGGCGACCUGAAGAGGCAUGAGCGGAAGCACACGGGCGUGAGGCCCUACAGCUGCCCCGAGUGCUGCAAGAGCUUCAGCCGCCCACAGAGUCUCAAAGCCCAUCAGAUGCUGCACAUGGGACAGAGGAUGUUCAAAUGCACCCAGUGCGGAAAGAGCUUCUCGAGAAACUAUCACCUCAGGAGACACCAUCAGAAGAUGCACCUGUGAUCACAUAAAAUACUUAAUGCUAAUACUUAAUGGAAGCACUGCAGAGGAGUUCUAGGGAUUUUUUUUAUUUCCCAGUGCAUAUUAUUUAAACAUAUACUUUGUGUGGUUGAAGAUAAAGAAUUUCUUAUGCCAAACAAAAAUAGGAUUAUUUAGUUUAAUCUGAAUUAAAAACAUGUUCAUUUUCUGCAGUUAACACAAAAUGGUAAAGGAAGAUGCACAUUCACAUAAAACCAAAUUGCUUCCUGUAACAAAAUAAAAACCGACCAACCAAC